CAACCAAAUCUACAUGACCGGAACACUGCGGGCAUUUAUUUCUCUGUUAAAAGGCAUCAAGUCUCACCUGACAACAGAGGCUUCGAGUAAUCAUACAUCGCGCGAUGAAGCGCUCGAGGGACGCAGAAGAUGCUGAGCUCUUGCAGCUGUCACUCUCCUUCGGCGUCAAGCCUCCUGCGAAGAUCCACAGGAGGACGAAGACGGCGGACGGCGAGUUCGAGUGCAAGACCUGCAGUCGCCGGUUCCCGACGUUCCAAGCGCUCGGCGGACACCGGACCAGCCACAAGCGCCCGAGAAUCGACCGUUCGACGCCGAAGCCCAGCAUGCACCGGUGCUCCAUCUGCGGCGCGGGGUUCGCGCUGGGGCAGGCGUUGGGCGGCCACAUGCGGCGGCACAAGGCCAUGGAUGGGGAACUGAUGCGGAGUGAUGGGGAGGAGCUGGACUUGGCCAUGGCUCCUCUACAGGUCAACCUAUUUGAUGUGGCCGGGAGGAGCAGCUCCCACUCUCCGUUGCUUCAGUUGUUCGUUUAGGAACUCGAUGUGAUUACAGUUUAGGAAUUCCUCACACGUAUACACGAUUUGAUUGCAAUAAACUCCAUUGGUUAUGCACA